AUGAAAAUUGUUGAACUUCAAAAACAUGAUAAUGCAACAAGUAAUAUUGAACAGUUACUUUGUUUACUACUUUUCUACUAUAUAGAGAAAGAACAACCCAUGUUUGGUAAGGUUGCAAUAAAGAGUGGAUUCCUUGAUCUCCUUUUGGAUUGUUAUCAGAUAAGUGAACACAACUUGCUGCUAACAAAAUUUUUAAUUCGUGUUGUUGUAAGGCUAGUUAGAUUAUCUCCAAUAGUUGCUGCUAUAUCAUGGAUUAAAUUAAAAGUGAAUAUAGAUAACCAAUUACUCCAUAAGGAUACUUCUCUUAGAUUAUGGUCGAUUCGCUACAUUGCUUCUUUAGUCAAAAUACUCGAGUCGAGCCAGGAGCAUCAAAAUCUAUUGAAAUUUAUAAAGCCGAUUGAUUUUAUAGCAAAGUUAUAUAUACUAUCUUUUGAUCAGUGCUUACUAAUAAAGUAUAGUUCUAUCAAGCUUCUUUGUUACUUUGUUAUUUCGAACUCAUCAAACAAAAAGAUAUAUCGCAGUUUAGUUUAUAUGGGGAUUAUCGGAGUUUUCCUAGAUAUUUUAAAAAAGUCUCAGCUCAGUGUAUCAGUAAAUGCUGCAAUAUUCCCAAUAUUAUUAGCUCUCUUAAAGCUUGUUAAGAGUUCUAGUAGAUUUUCUUUGAUCUUCAUAUAUUCAGAUGGAAUCAAAGUUAUCUUGAACCUUCUCAACUGUCCAGCAGAAAAGAUUGCAAUAUCUAUCCUUUUGAUUAUUAAUUAUAUCAGUAAUCACUCUGCUUAUCAUGCAAAUAAAGUUGUUAUGCUAGAAAAUAACACCUUUGUGAAGCUUGUUGAUAUGAAAUAUAAGAUUAAAUCUAAAUAUACUGAGAAUUUUAUGUACAAAACAGUAUAUAACCUUUUUAUUAAAUGUACAGAGUUGGAUGUGCUACAAAAUUUCUUCUACAGCUGUAGAGAUCCUGAUAUCACCGACAGAACUGAAUUAUCUACUCAUCUAAGCAGAGUUAAACUAACUGAAGCUACACUUCGGCGCUGUAACAGAUUUGGUGCGCCAGCAUUAGGUACAAUGUAA